CACUGGUGGGCAGCACUGGUGGGUGGGCACAGGUGGGUGGCACUGGUGGGCACAGGUGGGUGGCACUGCUGGGCACAGGUAGGUGGCACUUCUGGGCACAGGUGUGUGAAAUUGCAGGGUGGCACAGGUGGGUGCACUGAUGGGCACAGGUGGGUGCACUGCUGGGCACAGGUGGGCGGAACUUGCGGGUGGCACUGCUGGGCACCGAUCAUCAGGGCACUGAUCAUCAGUGCCCCUGAUGAUCGGUGCCGAUCCCCGCUCUGACAACUGCCGGUUCUCGGCAGUACUUUCCUCACGAUCUGACAGCGUGAGGAAAGUGCAGCCGAGAACCGGCACUUGCAU